CAGAUGCGAGAGUUUGUCUGCAGGAGCACAUUCUCAAUCAGCUUGGGCAAAAGUUCCACUCGCCAUCCAAAGAGUAAGAAAACUAUGCUUUAAAAGUGCAUAUGAAACGAAAAGUUUUAUUGUCUUACUUAGAAAACUAUAACAAGUACGAUCGUACUACCGGGCCAGGUACUGGCCCGGUUGAUAUGUCGCGUCGUGCAAGUUAUCACUUCGUUGAUUCAUCCAUCCAUCGGGUAGAACCGACUUCUACUCACUCGCGAAGCGAAAUUUUUUUCGCGAAGCCCAAUUUAUCUUUCCUGCGCAUGCACAUGAUUUCAUUUCGUGCGAAAUAUUUCGCAUUUCGCCGAGAGAAAAAUCUCGUGGAAUCACGCCUUUACAUUGGCAGCGUUCGCUUAAAUAUUUUGCUUUAUACCUGCAAAUCGCAUUACUUUGAUGUAAUUAAUGUAUUUCUUCGCGUAGUAUUAUGUGCAAACAAUUAAUGCUUUUAAAUAUUUGUUCAGUGAAAAUGCUUAAGUGCGCAAAGAAUUCAUUCUUGGCCAUGCACAUAUAUUAGGGUGGUUCAAUACAGCUUUAAAAAAAUGGAAAAUUCACGAAUUAGAUGCGUAUUUUAGGACAAUUAUUACUUGUUGAUAAACAAAAGUACCUUACUUGUAUAAAACAACAUCUAAAGAAUUCGAAUUUUUGCACAAAAGUUACGCAACUGCCGUUGCUAUGGCAACAAUGACGUGUCAAAAUGGCGGAUAUUUUGGCUUUAAAGUAAUUUAACUCGUAAACGACAUCAGUGACCCCCCAAUUUCAUUUAAAAAAUAUGAUUUUUCUUAGUAUAUUGAAUCACGUUGACAAUUUAAAAAAAUUCUGUUGAUCCGAAACUUUUAAAAUUCCGUAAAAAUGAUUAUUCAUAAUAAUUUUUUUGGCUCGAUAGAAUGUUAUCGAGAUAUAUUAUUUUGUUUGCUAUACGUAUCAUCCUUGCUACGUAUGAACAAUUGGUUUUCAUAUUCGGAAAGAUCAGGAAUUCAGCUAUUGAAUGACAUGCUUUUCAUACCAAGUGGAGAAAAAAUUAGCAUGUACGAGGCCGAUUAAAAUGUCAGUCGAAAUUGCAUAUUUUCAUGCACCUCCGUGUCUAAUUAAAACAAUGCAUAACAAAAGAAAAAGCAUGCAAUUCAUCACGAACGUGUCAUGACUUAUCUAAGAUUUAUUCCUACUUAAUAAUAAUUAUGAAUAUGUGCGUCGUUUAUUGAAGUGAAAUUCAUCAACUUAAGUACCAAAGUGGGUUCAUUUUCAAUGGUUUUAGACCCAACUCUCAACGGUGAAAAUAUGCGAUUCUGACUAACAUUUUCUAUCGGAUUCGUUAUAUUCGCUCAUUUUUUAUCCAAUUUGGCACGACGAAGAUAUCAUUCAACAGCUAAAACAUGAUCUUUCCGUAUGUGAAAAAAUCUCGUUCAUUCGCAUAGGAAUUCAGAUACAACAGCGCGCUGAAGUUCGAUUAUGUUUUUUUUAAUACACUUUGUAUAGUUUUUAUAGUUCUUUUAAAUAAGACAGUUCAAUUGUUUCAUAUGCACUUUAAUCCCUUCAUGUUUAUAUUUCUUUUUGUUCAAUGUUUUGUUAGUUAAUUAGCAAUUGUAUUCUUCUUAUCAUAAUUUCACAUUCAAACUCACCAAACCACAUCAUUCGUUUUCUCAGAUUCCACAUGUUCACCUAGCAAGAGAUUCGGUUCGAAAAUAAACCAGAACAUGGUUGAAAAGAAUACAAGACAACAGGUAGAGAGAAGUAAAUUUGAAAGUGCUGGGUAUAGUGGACAUAACAACCUGAAUGUGUCUAUCGCUGAGAAAGCAAAAGAAGAUGAUCUACACGUUACGUCUCCUGUCCAAGGUUAGUCUUGUUGCAAACGUUUUGCUGACAGAAAGAUGCAUGUUUAUAAUUCCUUGUGGACCUGCUCACAUGCGGUAACGUUAUUUAUAGUGGUUAACUAAAUCAAUUUCCGCUGGUUUGGCAAAAAUACCAAACUACCUUAUUAUAGGAAAUUAACGAUGCACUUUAUUAACGCGACAUAAAUUAACGUUUCAUCUAAUUAACGCGAAUUGCUUUCAGGUACUUCUAAAACUGAUUAAUCUGACAGUUUAUGGUUAACAAGUUAAUUUAACUAACACGAGUCGAAGAAUAUAAAUUCAACAGCAAAAGUUUAAUAUUAUAUACUACCAAUUAAAACAGUACGCGAGUAGAUAUAUCAAAACUUUAACGUUGAAAGUUACGCCAAUGUAUAUAAAUAUGUAGUUUUUGUUUUGAGGUUUAAUAUGAGUAAAAAGAGUUUGUGUUAUAUAAAACAAAUCACGGUUUUUUUAGUUAACGAUAACUAAAAUUUGCAUGCUUGAAAUUAACGACAACAUAAAUUAACAUUAAUUAAAUUAAUGCAAAUUUUUAAUUAAAAUCCGCGUUAAUAAAGUGCAUCAUUAAUUUCCUAUAAUAAGGUAUGUUGCGUCAGUGUUAAUGUACAAGAUAACAGGGCUAUUUGGCCAAAACCUGUGAUGUUACGUGAAGUAAAACUGCAGUCUUUUUUCUGACAUGCGGCUGUGCAGGAAUCGAACUCCGAUUAAUUGAUUCCACGAGAGUCAUUGAGUAUAAUCGGCUUAAUCUAAAGGCGGGUUAAUUAUAUUUAAUAAUUAACUCAUAUCUUCUACAUUUAAAUAUCUUCGAAUUCAUUCUGUGAUUAACACCAUAAAAUAUAAAGUAUAAACACUUCCUUUAGUGUGCGAAUUUGGUUGAGUGCACACGAAACUGUAGCUAGAAAUCUAGUCGGACAAUGUAAUCCAUUGUAAAUAUGUAGUUUUCAUUGCCUGAGCCUGCAAAUUUGGGAAGUGUUCGGUGAUGAACAAAAUAAGUAUUAUCCUCGUAAAUUUCCUUCUAUAUAGGAAACAAAGAAAGGAACAACCACAGUUCAUCAAACUGGUUGGCACAAAGAGAAAUUACGUUUGGCCGAGACAACAACGCAAGCUUCCAUAAUCGUAAUGGAGAGUCACUCGUGUGACAUUCACGUUAAUAAUUGUAGUCAUUUUAAUGCGCUAUUAUUAGUGUUACCUACAAUGUCGUGCAAAAAUUAUUGAGAGAACAAAGUUGUUGCCCCUCCCCCCUCCCUCCCCCCACCAUAAGCAAUGUUGGACAAACGAUACAAAGGUAUAUUGUCAGGUCAUAUUUUUUUUUCAAUAUUGUAUAUAGGGGGAGGGAGAGAAGUAGUCACGGAAAUAGAAUGAAUGG